CAACAGUGACUCUGGCCUGAACGAGAUUUCCCCUUAAACAUGGCGUCUCUCUGCUCGUACAUGAGGCUCUGCAGACCUGACAAACUUUAAAAGUUAAAUAUCAGCAUAAAUUAUUGGUUAUUAGGCGGGAAAAACUGCGGACUCUGUGGAGAAACUAUAAGAAGCUCCAAGAAAAACUAAAAAUGCAACACGACGACGUCAUCUGGGACAUUAUUGGAAACAAACAGUUCUGCUCCUUCAAAGUAAAAACAAAGAGUCAGAACUUCUGCAGGAAUGAGUAUAGCAUCACCGGGGUGUGUAACCGCUCGUCGUGCCCACUGGCCAACAGUCAGUACGCCACCAUCAGGGAGGAGAAAGGUCAGUGUUUCCUCUACAUGAAGGAGAUCGAGAGAGCGGCUUUUCCGGCUCGGAUGUGGGAGAAGGUGAAGCUGAGUAAGAACUAUGAGAAAGCUCUGGAGCAAAUCGACGAGAACUUGAUCUACUGGCCUCGAUUCCUGCGACACAAAUGCAAACAGCGCUUCACUAAAAUCACCCAGUACCUAAUCCGGAUGCGUAAACUGGUUCUGAAGAGACAGAGGAAGUUGGUUCCUCUGAGCAGGAAGGUGGAGAGCAGAGAGAAAAGGAAAGAGGAGAAAGCUCUGAUCGCCGCUCAGUUGGACAACGCCAUCGAGAAGGAGCUGCUGGAGAGACUGAAGCAGGGAACGUACGGAGACAUCUACAACUUCCCCGUUUACGCCUUCGACAAAGCUCUAGAGCAGCAGGAUGCCGAGAGCGAGUCAGACGCUGAAGAGGAGGAGGAGGAGGAUGAUGAGGAUGUCGGGCAGAGGGAGUUUGUAGCGGAGGAUGAAGUGGAGGAGAGCGAUCUGAGUGACUUUGAGGACAUGAAUAAGCUGAAGACGAGCAGCGAUGAAGAGGAGCAGGACGAGUCCAGUGAGGAGGAGGAGGAGGCGCAGGCCUCCAGGUCUAAGGGCAAAUCUCCAGCUAACGGCUCGUUGGUGAGGAAGAAACGGGCAUAUGUGGAGAUAGAGUACGAACAGGAGACAGAAUCCGCCUCCAGGAGAAGAACUACGUAGUGAUGCCCCACCCCAGUGUGCAAUUUGAACUAACUCCGCCCCCUUGUGUUACCAUGACAACACUGAUGUAACAGCUGUUGGUCGAGCCUGGCUGCAGCGUCUGGUUUUGGCUGAAGGGAGGUUUAGAUCUGUGACCCCAUGUGGGUUUCUGUAAGAUCCGACCUGGAAUCAGCUCCAAAUGGACCAGAACACGUGGACUCUUGUUUUACCAGGUAAAACCGUAAAUAAAUGGAUCUGACCUGUAAA